UCGGUGUGUGUGUGUGUGUGUGUUGCUGGCCUGCCUGCCAGAGAGGGGAGUCGAGAGCUCUGCUGGGAACUACAUGGUGCUCAAUUUUUCAAGAUGUCGUCGCUGGAACAGAGGCUGUCGCGAAUCGAGGAGAAAUUAAAGCAGGAAAAUGAAGAAGCUCGCCGGAGAAUCGACCUCAACAUCGACAUGAGUCCGCAGCGAUCACGUCCGAGGCCGACGCUCCAGCUGCCCCUGGCCAACGAUGGAGGCAGCCGCUCAUCAUCUUCAGAGAGCUCGCCUCAGCACCACCCCUACCCCAGCCGCCCACGACACAUGCUCACCCUGCCCACGCCUCCAUACGGCCUACAGAAGAGCCUAGAGAAUGCAGAGAUCGACCAGAAAUUGCAGGAGAUCAUGAAACAGACGGGUUAUCUAAAGAUCGACGGUCAGCGGUAUCCAGCAGAGGUAACAGACCUGAUCAGUGAGGGGGAGAUCGGCAGCGGGACUUGUGGACAGGUCUUCAAAGUGCGAUUCAAGAAGACAGGCCAUGUCAUUGCUGUGAAACAAAUGCGUCGUACAGGAAACAAGGACGAGAACAAGAGGAUCCUGAUGGACCUGGAUGUGGUGCUGAAGAGUCAUGACUGUCCUUACAUCAUCCAGUGCUACGGCGCCAUAGUGACCAACACGGAUGUAUUCAUUGCCAUGGAGCUGAUGGGAACGUGUGCUGAGAAGCUGAAGAAGAGAAUUCAGGGCCCCAUCCCAGAGCGAAUCCUCGGAAAGAUGACCGUGGCAAUUGUGAAAGCUUUGUUGUACCUGAAAGAGAAACACGGUGUCAUCCACCGGGACGUCAAACCCUCCAACAUCCUCUUGGACGCUAAAGGUCAGAUCAAACUGUGCGACUUUGGCAUCAGCGGACGCCUCGUCGACUCCAAGGCCAAGACUCGCAGUGCCGGCUGUGCUGCCUACAUGGCGCCUGAAAGGAUAGACCCUCCAGAUCCCACCAAACCUGACUAUGAUAUCCGAGCAGACGUGUGGAGCCUCGGCAUCUCUCUGGUGGAGCUGGCCACAGGGCAGUUUCCCUACAAAAACUGCAAGACAGACUUUGAGGUUCUGACCAAAGUGCUGCAGGAAGAUCCUCCUCUCCUGCCUCUCAGCAUGGGUUUCUCCCUCGACUUCCAGUCCUUUGUCAAAGAUUGCCUCACAAAGGAUCACAGAAAAAGGCCAAAAUACCAUCAACUGCUGGAGCAUAGCUUCAUCCGGCGUUACGAGGUGCUGGAGGUGGAUGUGGCUGGUUGGUUUCAGACGGUGAUGGAUCGCACCGAGUCGCCUCGCAGCAGCCAGUGUUACAGCCAUCAGCACCAGCUCCACUCGCUCUUCAGUAGGUAGCCUAGCCUUUUCCAGCCCGGCGUUAGCUUAGCCAUACGCUAGACUAGCCUAGCUUUAGCUUUGCCAAGCCCAGACUCGACUCAGUCUAUUCUAGUCUAGCUGUUAGCUGCUACGUCUAGCGCUACGCCCAUCCUGCCUGUCCAUCUGUCCACCGGAGAACCUGAAGAGCCCACAGAGGAGGGAGAGACGAACAUUUAGCGGAGGACUCUGCAUGGACAGAUGGAGCGAUGGACAGAGGUGGACUGGUAGAUGGAUGACAGGUGGUUCUGUUAAUUAGCGUAUUGAGUUUGGACAGACAGACACGGGGAGGAGGGAACAGGAAAAGAUGCCCACUUUAGUUAGUGUCAUUUGUUAUGUUUGGGCACACUAUCAUCACAUCACAGUGUGUGUAACAGCCACACACUUGCAUACAAAAUGUGUGUGUCUUGUAUGUGCGUCUACAUUUCCUCCACUUUUCAGUAGUUUUUUCACCUAUAUGUCUGUUUGCAGCAUCGAUCCAAGCCAUUGGAUUAGACAACAGAGUAGUCACUACACACUGGAACAAAGCAUCUGCUACUUUAGCAAACACAAUUUGUUCUUGUACAUAAACGUUAUGGAGGACAAAACGAUGUUUGGUGCAAUUAUGAUUCUUCAGGUGUUUCUACUAUCACACAUUCUCAGGCUGUAUCUAUAUGUAGUUGUGUGUGUGUGCGCAUAUGAGUGAGCGUUUCUGUGUGUGUACGUAUGGAUAAAUAUCAACACACACUCACUGGCUGUUUUUAAUAAGUGAGAUUCUAUUUCCUAGUCAUUUAUUCACCUUCACACUACAGCUCUAACACACAAACAAGAACAAAUUAAUCUUGUCGGCUGUGCUUUUAACAUGUAAGGAUAGUAAAUCUCAUAAAGUUUGUUAUGAAAUGUGUUAAAAUGCCCAUCAUUUUAUUUAGCAGCUGCAUAAUUGGAAAAAAUAAUGAAAAAUAAUCACAAAAAAAUUAGUGUUGCAUUGUAGCUUUGUAGAAAAGAAAUUGUGUAUGGGAUUUUAGAAAUGCGUGUUAAGAAUGAGUUGAACUAAAAGAAGGUUUUAAGAGAGAGGGAGAAAAAACAUGAGUUAGAAAGCGGGUCAUGAUGGACUUCAUGACAGGAAAAGCAGAAGAGGGGAGUUGUACUCUCACUGAUAACCAUUUGGAAGACUCAAUAACUGUUCCUAGUGUGAGAGAAAGGUUGGAGGCAGAAAUGGGAGCAGAGUGCUUUUUCAUUGAGACAGCAAAGAACAGGAGCUUAUCUUGUACAAAGACUAUAAAUGGGGUAGAUCUUACUACCUGUGGAGCAUUUCUUUACUUCACCUGUUCGUCUACCUCUUCCUCUUCGUCCACCUCUCUGUCUGCCUCGGCUGUUUCAUGCGAUGUAGUGCUCCACAGUGUUUCCAGACCAAAGGCUGCGUGUAGGUUGUCGGUGGAGCCCAAGAGAUUUCUGCAAACGUUCAGAAAUUGAAACUCGACGCAGACAAGUCUGAAUGAAGCAGUUUGUGUGUUUUCAGAGCCUCAAAGAGGGGUUUCAAACUACUAGCCUGGGGGCUUACAAGAUCCAGCCACUGCCAACAUGUUUAGAAUUGAUUUAAUUCGGCCCAUGAGUCAGGAUGUUGUUUUUUCAGUGCAUAUUUAACCAUUUAAAUGUUUCUUACCCUCCGCUUUCAAACAGGAAAGUAAUUACCUGUACACCUAUUUCCUCAUUUAUUUGGUCAAUUUUUAAUUUGUCAGAAAAUUGUAAAAGGAGUCCAGUUUUUAAUGCAAAAUGUACCCGCAAUUCAUUUUAAUAUAAUUUGAGAAAAAAAUAGGGCAAAUCUUCAUUUCACACCUACAUUUUUUCUUGACAGAUGAAACAAAUGUAUCGAUCUUCCAUACAUUUCCAUACAUCAACUAAUCCAGCAAAAGAAUAGUUGAAAUAUUUCUGCAGAUGUUGCUUUUUUAUCACCAUUGUGUUUAAAACAAGAAAACACCUGUCCCAGUGGCCCCCCCAGCCAUUAAAUUUAAAGACCCCCGACUUAGAGGAUCGUUCAGAUGAAACUGAGUUUGUCAGACUUGAAGAAUCAGACUCACCUGAACCGGUCAGCGUGUGUGAAGCUGCGAUGUACAGAUGUGUAGAUUGAGACCGACUGUCUAGAGUCCUACUGCCUCCCCUCUUGGAGGGCCACAGCCAAAGCAUGCUAGAUGAGCAGACUCUAACCUGCCACGCUCCGUCACACACCAAACCAAAUCACCGCUAGACACAGAGAACUGAGGAGUGGCAACGAUGUAGAGAGGAAACUGUAAAGUGUCAGAGAAAGAGAGAGAGAUCUGGGAAUGUUGUCAAGAUGGCAGAAAAGAUGAGUGGAAGUACGACGACAGGAAAAAGAGAGGAGAGCACGGAGUGAGGUGUGAAGGAAGAUGGCAAGUAAAAGAAAGUGGGAUGGCAAGUUAAAGACAAGUCAAAGUGGUUGACAGGAAGUACAUGUGUAAACAAGGAGAGGAAACGAGGAAGGAAAACAUCAGGCCAAGUUUCACAGCACUGCUGAGCUCUGAGACUAGCUGGAUAUUGUAAAAAGCUUUCAUGGUGUUACACCAACGUACCAAUUCUGAUUUUAGCUUGUGAGUUAGUGUAUUGUGUUUAUGAUGUUUACUGUUCUGUUCAAACAAUGUUAUUUAUUUACAUUGCUACUGCUGCUACUUUUUUUAUUGCUUUAGACGCUGCUGUCACUUCUUUUCCCCAAAGGACAAAUACUUUAUUCUUGUUCUUUUAAGCCAAAUAAGUGAAAUAAUGCAAUGUCUACACGUGUUACCAAAUACAGGAGAGCAAGUCUGAAGAGAGCAAAAGCAAGUGAGAGCGAGUGAGAUGGAUCGGUAAGGAAGUGCAGGGAGGUCGGCUUCACAGAAGUACUAACUCACGCAAAAUGUAAACACACACCUCACCUCAAGUGUGGCUCUAUGUGUAAUGGACGUAGGUAGUCAUUUGUAUCCCGACACCGCACUACAACUCUGUACAGUGUAGAUACCGUUAGAGGGGAUGUCUGUCUGUCCAGAUGCUCUUCAUCCAUCCAAUCCUCCGUCCGUCCAUCGGUCCAACGCUCCGUCUGUCCACAGGUCGCCUGCAAGCUUGACAACCUUGACAGUUCACACCAAAGGUGACCACGACUCAACGAAAAUAGGAAUUGUUGUUAUUGUUCUAUUGUUAUGGAUAUAAUAAAUGAUUACUCUCAGCUAUGAUAUAUAUGAAAUCUCUCUAGUUAGUGGGAGAGGACGUGAGGGCGGGUGCUGUAUUAUAGCAGUGCCGUGUAUGUGUCAUAUAUUGUACAGGGGGAGACUGGUGCACUAACACACAACAGGGGGCAAUAAAAGCUGCUGGCUGGUCGCUCUGCUCGGACACACUGUGGGCCUGCGUUGCGCUUUGAGUGGCUUUCUUUGGGUUACCUGGUUUCACUGAGUCACAACACAUCAGCUUCACCGAAUGAACCGUAUCGCACAGCUGGACCUCUGCUGACUCUAGGUUUACUGAUCCAGCUGAGAGGACAUUGUUCAAACUCAUUAGAAUAAGUAAGCAUAGGGCUUAAAAUCAGUGUUUGUACCAACUUAGACUUGCUUAUUCAUUAGAGAAGCACUAGAAGCAGAGAGAUCAUACUCCGUAGUUCGGAUCAAGUUCUUCUGGGCUGUUCUUCAAACCAUAGAAAGCUUCCUGCAGUACCACAGAAGUAAUGCUUUUCAUGAAACUGAACUUGAUCUGCAAAAUCUUAGUUUUCCCCCUUAUUUCAGGUUAUAUUAGAUAUUCUCACAUGUUCAUUUCCUACUAAAAAACUGAAAGUGAUGGCAUACCCUUCAAAUUGAGGUGACAGUUUAUUUGGACUGUAGAAUCCAUCUGUACAGUUAUUUUAUUGUAAGUUCUGCUUUAUUGCCUUGUUGGUACACCAGGUUAGCCAUGCUGUGUAGGCUCCCAUCAGCCCCAGUUAAUAGUCGACCAGCUGUGUGAUCCAGAAUAACCCGAGUUAUUCCCAAAGACAGCUCAUGUCUCUUCAUAAUGCAGGCCCCUGAGCAGAGCAGACGUGGAGCUGGCAGACCUCCGUUAGCUCAGCCUUUGUCUGGUUCUAAUCUCGAGACCAGAUGUGACCUGGAACUGAUUUAAAAGCCACGGUUAACCUUCACCACUGAACAGGCUUUUCCUGUUGGUGUAAACUCUCCAGAUGACAGGGUUCAGGGCUCCUCGUGACAGAUCUGCUCUGCCUCCCUGAUAAAACUCUUGUAAAUAGACCUGAAUCUGGUGCUCGGCAUCCGUUCAGCUGCUCUGCUCCGCCAGCGCAGCCGCAGAUGUCCUCAUUGGUGCAGUUUCAAAUCAGCUCUCUGUAGGAGACGGUUUCGCUCUCACUACGACACCCGCUGUUCAGACUCUUGUGUGUGUGUGUGUGUGUCUCGGCUAACUCGUGUCCACGGCUGGACCCAGUCUCCCACUGUUGAGGUUCUCUGUUAUUAAGCUGAUGUGUAUUUUCUAAGCACACACACACACUCGCUCGGCCGUGCUGUUGGCCUGCAUUUCCAGUCUGACACCUGACUGAGUUUAUAGAGCCGGGUUCUGCUCGAGGUUUUUUUUCCCCUGUUAAAAGGGUGUUUUCCUAGCCAUGUCCCCUCAGGGCUUGCUCUGGGGGUCAGACGUGGGUUCUGUGAAGACAAUUUGACUGUAAUUGGCGCUACAUAAAAUCUAAUUGGAUUGGGUGAAGCCCACACCAGUCAGUCAGGUGUACAUCUGAUCUUGUUUGUGUGUGUUUGACAGACAAAAUAUCCAAGUGCUAACCCACACACACACACACCAAAUGUAUAAAGUCAUCAUUCUACGCAGCAAAGCUGGCUGCUGCUGACAGAGGCUCUAUGUGUAUAUUAGCUUGUCAGGUGCGAGGCCAGCGGUGUGUAAAGACAGCUAGUCCAUAGCUCGCACCUGAGCACCGAGCGAGUGUGUGUGUGUGUGUCGUAACCCCAUCUGUAAGUAAACCAAAUAUCAUUUUCACUAUGCAGUCAUUCAAACCAUGUCAGCUUGCUUCGGCGGAGGAAAAAAGUAGAAGCCUCCUGUACAUACACAGAUUUAAAGUGGAGCGAGCGACGGUGCGUUUUCCUCCCAGUGUGAUUUUUAACAUCGCCACCUUCAGCUAGUUCAGAGAAACAGACAGAGCAAGAGAUAUGUUUUGAAUGAGCUGACAAAUAUUUAAGGAUUGUAUUGGGGUCGGGGAGGGACGGGGGUUAGACCUGGGGUUUGUAGUUCUGGGGGAGAUACAGAUCAAUGCUGUAAAGUAUAUCGAUUGCAUGUUAUUGUCACCGCUGUAACUGCCAUUGUUUUGUUUUCUGUUUGUUUUGUUUUCUUCCAAGACAAUGGUCGGUUGGGACGGGGAUGCACAAAACUUUAUCCUUAUUUAUGAUUUUUACACAUGUAGUCUGUAUUUUUGUUUUUUUUGUUUUUCAAAAAAAAUGUUGAAUUAUUGUGUACUUAGGAAAAGACACACUUCUUUGCCUUUUUUUUAAGUUCUCUGUCGACUUUGCAAUAUACUUUUUUUCACUUUGGACCCAUCACUAGUUGUUGAGGAGGAAGAGGAGGAGCUGUAUCUUUAUUAGCAGACAGUGUUUGUGAGAAAAUAAUGUCUCGACGUCCUGUUUUCCCCCUUUUGUUCACUUCUUUUCAGUUAGCUGUGUGAGCGUGUGGAGAGUGUGUGUGAUGUUUAUUCGUCUACCAAAAGUCUUUAUUGACAGUGAUUAUUAUUAGCUUUUAUUUUUGUCCAUUUGUUUUGUUUUUAUUAUUAUGAUUACUAUGAUUACUGUUUUUAUUAUUAUUAUUAUUGUUGCUAUUAUAAUUAUUAUUAUUAUUAUUAUUCAGGGCAAAGAUGACACCAAAUUGAACAAAGAAAUAAGAGCGUGAUCCCAGACAGACGGAGCUAAAGGUUUAUUUUCCUGGCGAGGUGGAGUGAUCGUUUUCCUCACCGUUACGCUGUAGUGUCUGUCCACCUUUCAUUCAAACCGCCACAUAAAGAUAACCUCUGAGCUGAAACUCUAAUAGUAUUUUUUUUAUUAUUAUUAUUGUUCUUGUAUCUUGUUUUCCUUUGAUCAGAUAUCAUGAUCAGUUUAUUUCUUGUUACCCCAGUAUGGGUCAUAAAUUGCGUGCUGUUAUUCCCCCCCCCACCUUCAUCCCCGCCCUCUGCUUUUUGGAGUUUAUUUUUUAUUCGAUUUUAUUUUCCGUUUAUUGUUUUGUAUUCUUUCUGGUUCCAUUGACGCUGUAGUCGUGAGCUGACGGUCAAACACCAGAGCCUUUUGUUUCGUUUUCUCAUGCUGAGACUGUUGUGACUGAUGUUGCACUUGUGAUGGGUUUUAUUUUUGUUUUGUUUUGUGUUGCAGAUUGUUGUGCAGAGAGGAGAAUAUUGGGUGUUUUCCUUAUUUUCUUAAAAAAAAAAGUCACAGCAGUUAUUUUAUCAAUCAUAUAAAUCUGUGACACAGAGCAAGAAAAUGAUUCAACAGUGUAUUUUUCUCACUGGUAUUUAUUUAUUGGUCAUUUGUAUGGGUUUUUUUUUUUCGGUUUGUGUCUUUUUAUUAUUAUUUGUUUUUAUGUGUAUUGCUUUUUUGUUGAGGGCAAACAGGACUCAAGGUAGAGGAGUAGUCUCUCAUUGGCAUUUUACCAUUUUGCCAUCGUGUACAGAAAGCAGAAUAUUGUAUCCAGUCGUCACACUAACAUGAAACAGUCUAUUUAGUAGAUUAACAGGUAAAAAUAGCAACCAGCAGCGCGGUAAAGUGCACUGUUUCUGACUUGACCGCGGCUUCCUGACGUCGUCCGUUAUUUUGUUUACUGUUUACCCUCUCAGAAGGCCCCGACAAACACAUCGUGGUGUAUUUGACUCUAGUGCUCGGCUAAUAACUCACAGUGAAAGCUUGUAUUGUUGGGAUGGUUUUUAAUCAGUAAGUGCUGAAUGCCACCCACAGCACAGACUAUUUUUCUUCUUUUUUUUUUUAAUUUUUUUUUUUUAAGUUUUCGGUGUUCUAGCUGAUGAUAACUACUAUGAUAGUGGACUGAUUGGCUUGUUAUUAACCUGCACUCCCUGACAGCGAGGUGGGACACGCCUGCUUUGGUUUAUCAUUGAGGUUUGUUUGCUUGGUCUUUCUAAAAGCCGUUGUCAGUCCAGAUUGCAUGACUUUGCUGGUUUGCAGGGUGGGAGCGGGGGGAGGACCGACUUCAGUCGCCGCUGUCGCAGUUCAAAAGCUUCUUGUAUGUACGACACACCUCUGUUUAUAUUGUCUGGACGGUCGUAUCAGUCGACACAGCUUUACUGCCCGUUCCUUUUUAAUUGUUUUGUUUGUUUCUUUUGGCUGUAUUUUAUCCCUCCCCCCUCCCCAGUCUCAUUUCAAACAGAAUAAAUGCCAUUAUAUUGUGAAUACCUCAGGAUUUUUUGGAGAAAAAAAUAAUAAAACACUUAAAAAUCAAAUAAAUAAAUAAACAAAAAACUCAUAAAACAA